AUCUUUACUGUGACUGCUGACAGCUGUUGUGGUUGGAGAAGCAAGUGUCUGGUCUCGGUAUUGAUUGUUGUGUGCAGAUUUAUUGACGAACGUUGACCGUUUUGUGUACAUGUAAACAUUUUCACCAGAAUGUGGGCGUGUAUGCAGAUUACAAGGAAAGUAGAAUGCUUGAGCGUUACCCAGGAAAUAUGAAGAGGUUGUGAAUCUGCAACCAAAUAUAUAAUUGAGAUAUAAAUUUGCCUUUCGGCAACCUAGUAACUCUUAUGCGAAAGUCUGUCCCAAAACAUGUCGGCAGCGCCAGCAGAACGAUGGCAGAUCAGUUGGGUGUGGGCUCUGGGGUGAUGGAGCUAAAACUGGGUCAGAGUUUUACAAGUAAAAAUUCGGCAUCAUUUCAUACAUUACGAUAUGACUUCAAACCAGCGAGUGUCGAUAUGACAAAGAAGGCAACAGUAGCUGUAGGUGAAAACCACCAAGUUACUGUAACUGUACCUCAUAUGGAUGGAGCAGGAACUCCACAAACAAUAUUUAAAGGCUCUCAUCGACCAUAUAAGAAAGAGUGUGUUCUCAUAUUUGAUAGAAAAACUGGGGAGGUGACAUUAGAGAAGCUUACACACAACGUGCAAGUGAAGAAAACACGCUCUGAACCAAAACAUAACAAACAAGUUCCAUUUCCUCAGCAUCAAGAAGAUAUUAAGCCACCAGCUUCUAAACAGCCAACUAGAAGUGGCAGUGGUAAUCAAAAGAAAACAUCAGCGUCAUCACGUCCAAAAAAUCAUAGAGAGGCACAAGCACAGCAGAUGGCAUCAUCUCUGUCAACAGUUGUACCUCGACAUUCGCCUCUGCAUGCCUCUCCAUCAUAUCCCCAGAAAAAGUCACCACACAUGCCUGUUGCUGCCAGUUUGCCAGUUAUUGGAGAACUGACUGCUAUCAAAACAGCGGCUUCUCCGACUUCAGAUACUGAGCGAUCACUGAGUUAUGGGCAGGGUCAGCAGUCAUCUGACAUUUAUCUCUCCGAAUCAUCAUCAGAUAGUUCGGAUGAGUCAGGCGCAGAAGGUCAUCAGAAAGCUACAGAAUGUUCUCCAUCUUAUAAUAAUGGUAGAGCUAAUGCAGUUAAAUGCAGAUACUCACCAGGUGCACAACUGCUAAAUGAAGACCUGCAGCUUUCUGAAUCAGGAUCAGAUGACUGACAAGUUCCAUGCUCAUUAUUACUGUACUGCUUAUAAUAAUGUAGCCAAACUAGACUCUCAGUUUUGUAAGCAAACAUUAUUGGUACAGUUUCUUUGAACAGUUUCAUUUGAGAGUUUUUUCACUCAAUUGUUUGUGUGAUUAUUAAAUCAUAGUUCCUCUUUACCUGCAUAUUAAAAAGUGAGAAACUGCA